AUGCAGCACACAAUCUUUCCCAGUCUGAUACCUGGCGAAUCAGAAAGUGACAUUCGGGAAGAGCUCAGAACGGUGGCUUUAGUUCUGAACAUAGAAACAUCAAUCCUACUGGCAUCUCCAAAAGAAAAGAGAAAGAUGAAGGCCAAAGAUGUCGAAGAGCUCGUCAGUCUGGCUGAACAGUUAGUUGACGCAGCUAUGAACAGCACACUGAUUGAUGAUGGCACUAAAAUGACAAUACUCAAGAAGGCUAUGAUCAUUGAAUCAAACAAAGAGUUGCCACAGGUUGCCAUAACAUGUGUUUCCUCAGCAAGGGCAUUCCUGCAAUUAGGGACUAAGACAUUCAGCAAGGCUGUCAGGGUCAGGCAAGAUACCAUUCGUUCCUAUCUGCUGACGGUCAAGUCGGGCAGCUAA